AAGAACGAAAGAAAGAAAGAAAGAUGUGUUCUUUAGGAGGCAUGGUAUUGACUUUUUCAAGCUUUCUGUGCUUGUUCCUGGUCUUAGUUCUCAUCAAGAUCCUUCACAAGCUAUGGUGGACUCCAACUCGCAUACAGAAGCAGAUGGGUCUGCAGGGGAUCCAAGGCCCUCCUUACAGACUCAUCCAUGGAAACAACAAAGAAAUUUCCCAGAUGAUGAAAGAAGCCAUGGCCAGGCCCAAAAGUAUAUCCCACGACACACUUUCUUUAGUCCAACCUCACAUUCACUACUGGACCAAGAUUUAUGGAAAGAAUUAUCUGCAGUGGCAUGGUUCUCAAGCUCAAUUGGUGAUCACAGAACCUGAAUUGUGCAAACAGAUACUGAAUAACAAAGAUGGAGAUUAUCCAAAAAAAGAGGUUCAAAACUUUGUAAAGAAGCUAUUAGGAGAUGGCCUGGUGUCAACAACCAAAGCUGAAAAAUGGGAAAAAUUGAGAAAGUUGGCCACUCUUUCCUUCCAUGGAGAGAGCUUAAAAAGUAUGAUUCCAGCAAUGGUAGCUAGUACUGAGACAAUGCUAGGAAGGUGGAAAAAUUAUGAAGGAAACGAGAUUGAUGUGCUUCAAGAGUUUAGGUUGUUGACUUCAGAAGUGAUUUCCAGAACAGCAUUUGGCAGCAGCUAUAUUGAAGGAAAGCAUAUUUUUGAGAUGUUGACCAAGUUAGGCUUCAUAAUCUACAAAAAUUAUCUCGCAAUCAGGGUUCCUGUCAUUAGUAAGUUCUUCAAAACCAGUGAUGAGAUAGAAUCGGAGAAACUUGAGAAAGGUAUACGGGACUCUAUAAUAGAGAUUAUUAAGAAAAGAGAAGAGAAGGCAAUGACCGGAGUAGAAGACAGAUUUGGAAGUGAUUAUCUUGGAUUACUUGUAAAGGCUCAACAUGAUGCCAAUGACAGCCAGAGGAUUUCGGUGGACGAAGUAGUUGAUGAUUGCAAGACGUUUUACAUGUCCGGACAAGAAACUACUACUACUUUGCUUUCUUGGACUGUGUUGCUUCUGGCAAUCCAUACAGAUUGGCAAGAGGAAGCAAGAAAGGAGGUCAUACAAUUAUUUGGCAAAGAAACUCCACAUCCCGAUGGCAUUUCCAAACUGAGAACAAUUAGUAUGAUCAUUAAUGAGUCUCUAAGGUUAUAUCCUCCACCUGUUUCAAUUAUAAGGAAAGUUGAAAAGGAAGUUAGACUGGGAAAGCUCACUCUUCCUCCUAAUCUUGACAUGGUUAUCUCAACCAUAGCAAUUCACCAUGAUCCUGAAAUCUGGGGACAGGAUGUGCAUCUUUUCAAACCAGAGAGAUUCUUGGAAGGGGUUGCUAAAGCAACUAACAAUAACAUAGGUGCAUUCAUACCAUUUGGAUUGGGACCUCGAACUUGUGUGGGCUUGAACUUUGGCUCCACUGAAGCAAAAAUUGCUCUGUCAAUGAUUCUACAACGCUACUCCUUCACUCUUUCCCCUGGUUAUGUUCACUUUCCCUUGCAUUAUCUUACAGUUCGGCCGCAGCUUGGAGUUCAGGUAAUGCUACACACACUUUGAACUGCGAACACGAUGAUGUAUGGAUUGCGCCAUGAUUCUUCUUGGUGUUGGUGUAUCAAGUACCUGGACAUUGAUGCCUUUGGAUAUACUGCUAGCUUAUAAACAGUGCAAGUGAUACACUGAUUGAUUGUCAUGAAUUUUUAUUAAAAUAAAUAACCAACAUCAGCACAAAUGUGUUAGUCCAUAGUGCAUUAGACCCUUUGCUGCCGUCCAUUUUGUAAUCAAAACUGCUGUUUCUUUUUGGUCAUAGCCCCAUUUAACAAAAUGUAGACAGAUUGCGGUGCA